AUCAAUCUUUAAAAAUACUGCUAUGGCAACGAAAUCAACAAAAUCGAAUGUUGGGUGAGCAACAAGAACUUGAUUUUUUUUAAUUUUAUAGUAAUAGCUUUACAUAGCUAAAAUGGAUUUAUCGGAGAAUAAAGAAGUUCAAGCUGAUUUACCGAUUAUUGAUUCGGAAGAAACGCAUAUAAAAAUAAAACCUGCGGAAAGAGUUAAACUCCAUCCAAAAGUACCUAUAGAACCAUCCCCUUAUGGUAAAGGUAAAUCAUAUAGCCGACCUUGGAUUCUCCAGGAUGGUCGUGAGGUUCCGAACAAAGGAAGUGAAAUGCGCGACAACUUUAAAAUUCCUAAGAAAUCUAAUGCUGGACAAGGUAUACGCAAGCGAAUGUUGACAAAUUUCUUUUGGGAACAAAUACUGGACGAAGUGAUCGAAGAGAUGUCGACAGUUAAUACGUCUGAUGAACUUUGUACUGAGUACGAUUCACAUUAUGUGAAAGAUCAAUUCAUACCACGUAACUUAGAAGAGACUGCUGACAGGACGAUGCAUCUAAAGUACCCGCUAUACGGAACUGGAUCUAGCGCGAUUACAUUUUACAGCGAGACAAUUAAAAAGAUCGGACCUGGUGAAAUAUUGGAAAAAUUCAGAAGAUGCCAAUACUUUACGCGACCUAUGGAAGAAAGAUUGGACGAUGGUUGGGUUUUGUAA